AUGGAUGCCGACAAUGCCAUCCAGCACUCCUCGAUGUCACCAGGGUACUCGGAUUACUUGGCCAUGCCCAACGGUAGCUCAGGCAUUGGCCAUCAGCACCAAGACCUGCCCUUUGCGACCUUACUGAUGGCUGCUGAACAGGCGCAUCCAGUGAGCACGUCGCUGUCGCAUCAGCCAUCUCUGCAUGCUCAAAACGGAUACCAGCAACCCACUUCGAUUAUGCCGCCACCACCAGUGCAUCAGCACCAGCAGAUGAUCGCCGCUACUGAUUCGAUCCUGCCACCCUCCUUCAACGGAGUAUACGACUUUGAGGACUCGCUGAAUGACCUCGCCAACUUCAUGGAGAAUCCAUCGCUGUCAACGUUCCACUUCUCCUCAUACAUCAACACGGAGCAAUCAAUGCCGUUCUUCUCACCAGAAGAGUCGUACGCACAAAACCACGAAAUUUUACCGUCGACGGAGACGCAAGCCCGAGAUGCUGGCGGGCAUGUCGAGCACACGGACGACAACGGGUCUUUCUCCCGAUAUGGAUCGAGACUGCCGUCUCUGCAACCAGAGGAGAGCCAUGAGAAGCACUUGCGGGACGAUUUUGCUACGAGCACACGCUCCAUCUCAGAUGUGACUCAGGAUGAUCGACAGAAAUGGCUCUCGAAGCUAAAUGAGUUUGCGUCCGUGCUUCCAGCUGGAUUCCAGCUUCCUACGAGACUUGCUUUGUCGAGAUAUGUAGCCGGAUAUAUCAACGGUUUCCAUGAGCAUCUCCCAUUUCUCCAUCCUCCAACGAUGGCAGCAGACACGUGCUGUAUUGAGCUCUUCCUUGCCAUGGCUGCUGUUGGAGCCCAGUAUUGCUUCGAGGGCGAGAAAGGCGUCGAGCUGUUCACAGUCAGCCAGGCAAUCGCCGCGCAGCGAAUCCGACAGAGAGACAACCGCCUGGCAGCAUUUCACAAGCACGUUGAGGCUCAGAGUGUCGCUUCGACUAAUGGGAACGACCACGCGGGAGAGACCCCAAGGAGUGCUUCCGUAUCCGGCCCGCUUGGGCUUCCAUCCCAAUUCGAUGGAGAUGGACCGCUUCUACGGAAGGACGACCUCAUGCAGACAGCUCAAGCAUUGCUGGUUCUAAUGGCUAUGGCCACUUGGGCAAAACACAGAGAAAUCCUGAGAGAAGCAUUGGCCAUCCAGUCCGUCCUGGCCACACUCGUGCGCGACGACGGCUUGAAAGCUCCAGAUCCUCCGACGGAGACCGAUUGGCGCACAUGGGCACGCUACGAGUCAUGCAAGCGCACCAAAUUUGUCGUUUACGCCUUCUUCAAUCUACACUGCAUCGUCUACAACAUUCCUGCGCUAAUCAUGAGCUCUGAAAUCAACAUGACGUUGCCCUGCCAUGCUGCUGAGUUCAAGGCUCCAUCAGAGGCUCGAUGGAAAGAUGUCCGGGCUAAACAGACGACGACAAAUAUAUCUUUCCAGGACGCUCUUGCAAGGUUGUUUUCUCGUGGGACCUCUUCUGAGGCCAACUCGUACAAUUCGAGCUUAGGGAACUAUAUCUUGGUUCACGCGUUGAUACAACAUAUCUUCCUCGUUCGCCAAGUUUCAAGGCAGCGACUAUUCAGCUCUGGCGAGAUUCCGCAGGAAGAUAUCUCCCAGAUCGAGCUAUCGUUACGCAACUGGCAAGCAGCCUGGCGGCUCAAUCCAGAAUCAUCUCUCGAUCCACUGUCGCCUUCUGGACCUGUCCCCUUCAACUCGACCGCACUGCUGAGGCUGGCAUACAUCCGGCUCAAUGUUGACAUUGGACCGGGGCGGGCACUUGAUACACGAGAUCCGGUGCAGAUAGCCCGUGCAUUCAGGGACUCGCCUGCGCUCAAACGGGGCCCGAAGCUGCUAAGAGCAGUCUUACACUCUGCUCACGCAUUGAGCAUUCCUAUCAAGAUCGGCUUGAGGCUCGUGGCGCAGACCCAAACCUUCAACUGGAGUAUACAACACAGUCUGUGUACCUUGGAGUGCGCUUUCCUGCUGAGCAAGUGGUUAGAAGCCCUCAGUCUGGUUGCGGACGGAGCCGGAGAUCCAGUAGCUGGAGGCAUCACUCGUGAAGAGCGAAAGAUUGCAAGCCUAGUAAAGACUAUGCUGGAUGAGACAGAGUUCGGCGUCCCUGACAAUUUCGCAGCGGGAGAUGGAGGCACGGACCCUUCUGCCGCGAAUGGCAUCGUGGUGACACCAAACGGGACGUCCAGUGUGGUCGACUCGCCGGCGACCAUGAAGUAUCUCAGCGCGAGUGUACUCAGGGUCUGGGGAAAGGUCUUUAGGGGCGCCCAAACAUGGGCGAUUGUGGACAUCAUUGGCAGCGGACUGAACCUCUACGCAGAUAUGCUCGAAGCUGGAUAG